AUGUUGGGAGAAGCCUUCAUCAGAGUCUUCAGGUACAGGGAAGAGGAUUGUGACCCCCAUUCCACAAAGGCUCAGGAACGUCCACCAAAUCCUGACCCCAAUAUAAUUCUGACCCCAGGUUCAAUGUCAGGAAACAUGGAAGGUCUGGUGCAGUCUGAUCCUAGAGUGACAACCAGGCUCAGUGAUGCCCUCACCAUCCCCAAUAGCCACUGUGAUGACUAUGGUGACCUGGAGCUCUAUCGCUCCUGGUGUUGCACCACCUUCUGCAAAGACUACCCCGACCUGCAGCUCAGAGGGGACCAUGUGGGAAACAGGAGCUCAGAGAGCCCGCGGCUGGAGAAUGAGGGGUUCGAAGGACCACUUCUUCAAUCUCAGGACCUGGGAGAGCUGGAGGCCUUGGAACCCACAGGGCCUGUGGAGCCUAGGGUGCAGGUGGAGCCUCAGCCCCUGCAGGAUGAGGGUUGCCUAGUCAUGGACAGCAGCAUCAUCACCCUGAACAGGGAGCCUCUAUCCAAUUCCAUGCUGAACGGCUAUCUGGAGAGUAAGCUGCUGGAGGUGUACAGACAGCACAUGCAGGACAGCCUGGCCCGGGGCAGCUCUCCCCUGGUCCAGACACCUCCCCAGGGCCUGAUACCAGCCCCAGUAAUGCAGCUCAGCCUGCAUCUCUGUCAGGACCACGGCCUGGACUCCAGUACGGCCCAGAGCAUCGUCAUCCACUACCUUAGCACAUACACCGUGGCUAGCUCCCACUUCAGCUCCCCCAACCUGCGCAUCUCCAACCCUGAGCCUAGAAGAAAGCCCACCUGACUGAAACCAACAGUAGUUUCACUUUGUCCUCCAACUAACAUACUUGAGAAUGGUCUACAGUUUUAGUUUCGUUUUCUUUGUACUGAAUCUGUAUACUUGGUGGCCAGUUGUAUUGCAUUCGGUUCAAUAGGUAAAUUAAAUUGAUAGUUUGGGAUGGA